AUGGCUGGCAAAAAUGGAGAUUCGGAUACUAGCAAACCGGGUAAUUCUGCCUUCCCUCGAGGACAACUCCCAAAGGACCUACAAAAGCUAGUGGACCGUGAAGAUGACUGGGUGGAUACUCUUUAUGAAGGCUUUGGGCCUGAUACGACUGAGACCACUGCUCGCUAUGCAGCAUACGCCAAUCGAUUGCGUACCAUCAUGCUGAGCGCACAUCGUUACGUCGCCUACACCUCAGAUAUUGGCGAAUCAUUCAGACCCAUCGCACAUCCAUGGCUAGUUAGGGGCGCAUACGGCGUGUCUUGGGCAUACAUCCUGGGCGAUGUCAGUCAUGAAGGAUGGAAGGCAUAUAAGAGAAAUCAGAGACUGUUACACCCUGAAGGCGACGAGUAUAAGGAUGCUUCUGCGGUCAACGCCCCCAUGCCAGCUUCAAAAGCAGAGCCACAAUCUGCACCGAUACAUGUACCUGCAAUCGAGGACUAUCGAAGCGUCAUGGCGCAGAGAGCAGUGUUUCAGAGUGUUGCGUCCAUGGGUCUACCGGCCUUUACGAUCCACAGUAUUGUCAAAUACUCUGGCAAGGCACUGAAGACUGCAGCCAACACGACGAUCAGGACUUGGGGUCCCAUAGGACUUGGAUUAGCAGCUGUCCCUGCUCUACCAUAUAUGUUUGAUAAGCCGGUAGAGGAGGCAGUCGAAUGGACCUUCUACCAGGCAUUCCGAGCCAUUGGUGGUGAGAAUGCAGUUGGCCAAAGGCAUUCGACGGGGAGAGAUCACGACCUGCAGGAAGAGAUCAAACUCGCGGCCAAAGCAAAGAAGGAUCUGUAA